AUGGGUACGUACCUGCUGCCUCUUUCUCUUUCAGGAAAGUCGUCAAAAACGCUGCAUUUCUUCGCCCACACACACAACCUGAAUCAUCCCGGCACCAACACUCCCGUCUACUUGGGCUCUUCCCAGUCCCUACCUAGCACUGUUCCUGUGUUAUUACAUUCUGAAGAUCCAACGACGAAUACGAACGAAUGCAGGUUCGCAAUGCCCAUCUCUCAUCGCCGGUGUCUUUUCACGCCUCGGAGCUGCACCAGCUGGCGAGUCGCAAUCCGUCAAUCCCUCGAUCCUUGA